GGGCAAGGCGGGGUCCGGGCCGGAGGAGGCGGGUUCCUAGGAUCCGCGGUGUCCGGCCGGCGAUACAGCUUUCUGCGGUUCAGGGCUCUGAUCAUGUUCUGGCACCGCGUGGCGCUGGCGGGGACGCGGCUAGUUCGGAGCAGGAGCGGCUUGGCAGGCUGGCUUGACAGGGCGGCGGGAGCUGCGGGAGCUGCAAGAGCUGCGGCGGCUGCGGCCUCUGGAAUGGAGAGCAACACAUCAUCAUCUUUGGAGAAUUUAGCAACGUCGCCUAUGAACCAGAUCCAAGAAACAAUUUCUGAUAAUUGUGUGGUGAUUUUCUCAAAAACAUCCUGUUCUUACUGUACAAUGGCAAAAAAGCUUUUCCAUGACAUGAAUGUUAACUAUAAAGUGGUGGAAUUGGACCUGCUUGAAUAUGGAAACCAGUUCCAAGAUGCUCUUUACAAAAUGACUGGUGCAAGAACUGUUCCAAGAAUAUUUGUCAAUGGUACUUUUAUUGGAGGUGCAACUGACACUCAUAGGCUUCACAAAGAAGGAAAAUUGCUCCCACUGGUUCAUCAGUGUUAUUUAAAAAAAAAAAAGAAACUGUCUAAGCAUCCUGUAGAGCCAUACAGACAUGUUGACAGAUAUGGCCAUAACUUAAAGAGGAACACAAGGUAAAAGAAGUUUUGUUUUGAAGACCAUCCUUACUUGACCAUGUUUAUAUAUUAUGAGGAAGGCUAAGGAUAAAAUCUUGGUGAAUAUUACCAACUAAGAACUAAUGAGAGAAGGGCUUUUUAAAGAGAGACAGAAAAGGAGGUGCGCAGAGUUGAAGAAAACUAAUGGACCACGAGGAAGAGAACUUCGAAGGAGUGAAUGGUUGGUAAUUUUAAAUGGUCAGAGGAAAAGUAAAUAAAAGGCUAGAAAAUGAUCAUUGGAUUUAGCAAGUAGGAGUGACUAGUGAGAGUAAGCAGUAGAGUGGUACAAGAAGUAGCUUGAUUACAGUGAGAUCAGGAGGAUAUGCAGUGAGGAGGAAACUUCACAGCUAGACUACUCUUUUGUAGACACAAAAACUAUGAAUGAAAGUAAGAGAAAGGAUGGGACUUAGAGGAAAAAUCUUUUUACCUUUUUCAACGGGAAGAUGCUAAGAUUGAAAGAUUCAAUUUGGAGAGCUGAAGAUACAGUAGAGAAGGGGGACAACUGAAGGAAUUAGAUUCCUGAAAGAAAUGAGACAGAAUGAGCUUAGAGCAUCCAGGUUGAGACUGGCCUACUAACAGCAAAAGAGGUACUUCUUUUAAGGGUAAAGAGUAUAGGUAAAGAUAGAUUUGAGGGAGUGAGGGAUAAGGAAAUUGAAGACAUUCCCCUCUGACAGGAGAUGUAGAAUGCCAAAUGGUAUGUGGAGAAAUUUGGUAGAGAUGGGAGGAAUGAAAGACUGGGUCUCAGAGAGGGGAACACAUAGUGGUGUAGGGGGAUAAGUGCAUGGAAGAAUGGAGAACCUCACAUUGUGAAUGUGACUGAGGGGUACAGUGAUCUGAAUUGUGUUGGGAAUAUUAGUGUCAAUAUUCCAACUAAGAUUCUAGUACAAAUUUGCUUAUGUUAGUGGAAGCCUGGGUCUCAGGUGGUAUCAGAGAUGUAAUGAUCAUAUUAGUCAUUAGGGACAAAUUUAUAGUUACUGAAUACAGCACAGGCUGAAACUCCUGGUGCAGUAGAUGCCUCUUCUCCUAUUCAUUAUUAUCCUCUUUUCAAUUUGGCUUUUAUCUCUACCUUUUGAUCCAAAACACUUUAAGAAGACUAACAUGCUUCACAAAGACUGAUACCUUAAUUGCCAAUUCCAGUAGAAAAUGCUAUGCUUUUCUGAUCUUCACAUUGCAUAGACUCUGCUAGUCUCUCCCUUAGCUUUCAUAAAAACAGUCUCUGGUGGCACUUCAACCUGUCUACUUCUGCUUAUUAGUUAUAUUUGUUAGAUGAGUAACACUGAAAUGACAUCUAAUAUCAGAUAAUUCUACUACACCUGCUUUCCUGUACCAAGGACCAACUGGUGGGAUUUAAAAGGUCCCAAACCAAACCUCAAAAUUCCCUCUCCCUUCAAAUUCUUUUCUUUGUAUUAUUCAUUGUGACCACAUGUAGCUACAUUAUUGGUUCCCUUGAGAGUAGAAACCAAAUCUUACCAUUUUUGUCUCCUCUUUUGUAUUGCUUUUAUGUAAUUAGUAAUACAUACUUAAAGCCAAAUAUCAUUAAAGUUGACUUUCUGAAUCAUUUCCCAAAUAAUCAUGCACAAUUGGUUUCUCUUUCCCAUAACACAUUUUGAGAAUAAAAGCCUCAAUAUGUGUAAUGCAAUAUAUAAUACAAGUCUUUAAGAUAAAUUCUGUAAUCAGAAUGAUAAAUGUACUAUAUGUAGGUAGUGAAAAAUAUAAUCAAGAAAAAAUAAAGUUUUAAAGAAAAGUAGUGAAUGCUGAGUAAAAAUGUCAUCUUAGAACAAUAUUUCUGUUUUUCUAAUAUAUUUAAUACAAGGUAUUCAAGUACUUUUCUAGAGCAAGCAGCAAAAUGAACUUCUAAAUCUAUAAAGGAUGUCUAAGAGGUAAUCUCUAAGUGUAAUCCUUAUAAUCCCUAUUAGAAGAAAUCAAGUUAUUUAUUCACAGACUCUUCCUUUUGCAUAUUACGAUAUAAAUGACAACCCUGAUGACAUACCCUUUCAGUUUUUUUGCAGCAGAAAAUGCUUAGCUUUUCCUAUGCUUCUGCGACUGUACUUUCCAGAGUGCAACAUAAAACAGUGGAACAGAUAACAUUAUUAGCAGCCAGGACACCUUUCUACUUUAUUGUAUAAAUUUAUCAGAGUCAUAUUCAUAUUUUUAAAGACAGAAAAGAGAAUAACAUGUCUCAAGCUACUCUCCUUCUUGUCACUGAGUGUGAUACACAAAUAAACUCAAAAUUUGGCAAAGUGAUAGGAUACUGUGGCAUCUUAUAAGAGAGAGUAACACAGCAGAAAGUUUCAAAAACCCCUGGUAUUUCCUGAGAAACAGGAGUGUCUCUGUUACAUUAAUGAGGCAACAUGGGCCCCUAGGAAGCUUCAGGAUGGGAGCUAGUCACUAGAAAGACCAACCAUAUGUUUAGAGGAAUAAACUGGUCAGGCUAACCUUCUAGAAAAGGAAGAGGACUUGAGAUCGAAUUCAGUUACGCAGCUAAUGAUUUAAUCAAUCAUGCCCAUGUGACAAAACCUCAUAAAAACUCUGUUCAUUGAUACUCAGUGGAGCAUCCUUGGUGAACAAAAACUGAUGUGCUGGGAAAGUGAUGUGCCCACAUUUCACAAGGAUGGCAUGGAAGUUCUGCAUCCUUUCCUUGCCCCAAACCUUGCCAUAUGUGUCUACUUCCUGUUUGGCUGUUCCUGAGUUGUAUCUCUUAUAAUAAAACUGUAAUU